CCGUUGAUGAAAGUGGCUACACAGACGAAAAGAACAGAUAGUGAUGUCUCAGACCAUGGGCGUCCAGCAAAAAAUGCGCUGGCGUCCACAAACUGAGUUUUGUCCAGGUUGGACUCCAGCACUGCUGGACUGUUGCAGCGGAAAUCCAGCGUAAGAGCGAAGCUUGCAAGGCAAUUGCAGAGACCCAACCAAUUCCUCCAUUUUCACUUUUGCCUCCAAGCGCGAACAGCUCAACAACAACUACUACACCACCGCUCAACAUGACUCGCUUCCUCUCCUGCCUCGCCAUCGCAGUCUUCGCUGCCGUUGUCUCUGCCGACGUCGUGAGUGACGUGACAUCAGCCGCAAAUACUGCUGGAAGUGCGGUGUCCAAUGCAGCAAACGCUGCAGCCAACGCAGCUUCACCUGCCGUGGACGCGACUGGAAGCUGGGUCAGUGGUGCCGCCGAUACAGUUGCUAGUGCUGCUGAAUCCGCUGCAAAUGCUACUGGAAGCUGGGUCGACGGAGCUGUCGACACGGUAUCCAGUGCCGCUGGACCUGCUCUCGACUCGGCUGGUAGUGCACUCGACAGCGCGGCGAGCGCGAUCAGUUCGGCGGCCGAUGAAAUUUCCAGUGAUAUGCGAGAUGACAGCGGAUCCUCUUCAGCAUCGGUGACAACGGUCUCCAUGGUUGGUGUCGUCACAGCCAUAACCCUCGUGAUGAACUUCGUCUAAGUAGCAUUCGCACUUGUGCCGAACUUUAAAGUGCGCUCAUAAAUUGAUAUUUCUUCUCAAGUUACUUCGUAUCUUAAUCCGUCUAUUGCCAUUACGAUUGAGGUACAUUCAAAGGGGAUGAUGGUGCAAACGAGUAGCCCGAGUUGGGGUGCAGGUAGCACAGAUAGAUAUUAUAGGUGUUGAAGUGGACAAAGCGUAGCGGUGAUUGGCCAAUUUUCUUCCGAUACAAAAUGUUGCAUGUGCCACAGUAGAAUUGUCGCGAAUUAUGUGGCGGAGCUCUUGGCGUGCCGCAGCCAUCGCCGCAUACCGCGGUGGUGCACGGCGUAUCCCGAGCGUCAAAGUGGAUGCGACUACUCGCCGGUUUGCUACGGGCUCUUCGUCGGCAGCUUACACUGUCGCUGGCGUCGGUCUCGCAGUGGCAGCAGCCAUCACAUACGAACAGCGAGAGGAGGUCACACACUUAGAGGCACGCCGAGGAAAGAGCAGUACGCUGUCGCGUAACUUUAUUGCUGAUGCUGUGGAGAAGGCGUUCCCGGCGGUGGUGAACAUUGCGGUUGACUCAGGAUACUUUGCUAGCAAUGGAUCGGGAUUCAUUAUCACGAAGGAAGGGCUGAUCGUGACGAACGCCCAUGUUGUCGCUCGAUGCAAUCGCUACUCCAAGAUUCAGGUGACGUUCGCGGAUGGUAGCAACUACCCUGCUGUGAUCCACAGCGCAGACCCUCUAUCAGAUAUCGCCCUUCUCCAGAUAAAGUCCGAAGAGGUGAAGGAGUGGCCUAUGAUUUCGAUCGGCUCAUCGUCUGAGCUGCGUGCAGGUGAGUGGGUCUGCGCCCUCGGCAGUCCGUUCUCCUUGCAGAACAGCGUGAGCGCUGGUAUCAUAAGCGCCGUAGCUCGGCACAGCAGCGAGCUCGGCUACCCGCAAAAGGGUGGCGAAUACAUCCAGACGGAUGCGGCCAUCAACGCUGGUAACUCUGGUGGUCCGCUCAUUAACCUCGAUGGUGAGGUAAUUGGCAUCAACACAAUGAAAGUGGAUGGCAGCGUGGGUAUUUCGUUCGCCAUUCCGGCGGAUACGGCAGUCCAGGUCAUCGAACAACUUCGGAAACACAAGAAGGUCGUACGACCUUACAUUGGCAUGCAAAUGAUCAAUUUCAACACUCGAGAGCUCCAAGAGAUCGGACGCAUGUUCCCGGACGUGAAGGAGGGUGUAAUCGUCAAGUCAGUUGCCCCAGGCUCACCCGCUCACAAAGGAGGCUUGCUACCCGGCGACGUGAUCGUUUCGUUCGACGGAAAGAAGGUGCAAAGUACAAAGGACAUUUUGACCACAGUGGGUUACACCAUCGGCCGUCACAUCCCUGUGCAGGUUAAGCGCCGCGGAGAAAAAAAUCUCGUUAAGCUGAAAGUGACAACGGAACCGUUGCCACCUCCGAUCCAGCAGUUCAGAGGCUAGAUAUAAAUUGAAGUCUUGCGGAUGGCUUCAAAAUUCGAAAAUAAAACCGAAAAUUGAAGUCUUGCGGAUGGCUUCAAAUCCGAAAAUAAAACCGUAACAACUAUCCCUGGAUCCGAAAAUAAAACCGAAAACAAGACUGCUGGAUUUUCGUGC